AGGGCUGACACCAGGCAGCAUGCUCCUGAAGGUGCCUCUGCUCCUGGGGCUCAUUGCACUGGGGCCUCCUGUCUGCAGUUCCAAGUUUGUGGACGAGAGUAAGAACACGCAAUUAUUUGCCAUAGGUGUGGAGUUUGCCAUGUUUCAGUUCAACCAAGCCCAGGAAGAUGAGUAUGCUUACAAGCUGCUGUGGGUGGGGAGAAGCCAGCGCAAGCUGUUUUCUUGGAAUUAUUUAAUGGACUUGAAUAUGGGCCGCACGGUUUGUAAGAAACAUGAUGAAGACAUUGACAACUGCCCCUUGCAAGAAGGCCCAGGCAUGAAAGAGGUGAACUGCACUUUCAUUGUGGAUGCCCGACCAUGGAUUUCCCAGUUCACCCUCCUGGACAGCACCUGCCUGCAGACAUAGGC